AUGUUGAAAAUUUCAAAACCUAUCACACUUAACGAGGUCAGUCAGUUAUCAAGGAAAAUCACUCUGAGAGCUUUUUGCUCAACUAGAUAUCAAUUUCAGCAUCGUCAUGUAUCACAGGAGAGAAACUUGGUCAAACCUUUCGAAUCUCGGAAAACGUUUCUAAUUGACCAGUACAAGCAACUCUACUCUGAAAGUAACAUUGUUUUGUUUUUACAUCGUAAUAACCUGACAAAAUCAGAUUUAAAAUAUCGUCAUAGUAUUCAAGAGUCGGGAGGAAAACUAACAUUUAUCAGAAAUAAUUUGUUCAAAGUAUUCCUUCGUGCUGAAUCUCACGCAGACCCUGCAAGUAAAGAAGCACAAAGGUGGAUCAAGGCUAGUAAUAAUCGUCACCCCCUGGAAGCUCUGCUGAAGGGUCCUACCGCAAUCGUAACUAUUAAAGAUUGUAGACCCGAUGUUGUUAAGAAGGUGAUCAAAAUUUUGAAAGCAGCUAAUGAGAAACUUUUCAUUGUAGGCGCCAAGAUAGACAACAACAUCUACAAUUCAAUGGAACUUAACCAAUUCAAGGAUCUUCCCACGAAAGAAGAGAUGCAAGGUCAAUUAGUUGGAAUCCUCACAAUGCUUGGGGGUGCUGGAUUAGUGAGAACCUUAGAAGCUUCACCUCACCACCUAUAUUUUACAUUGGGAGCUUACCUUGACGGUUUAAACUCUAACAGCAAGAAUAAUAGUAGUGGCUUGUAA